AUGGCAAACCUUGUGAAGAAGCCAGCACAAAUCUUAGGAAAUGCUGCUUCAGCAGUUACAACUGCUGCCACUUCCACUGUUUCUGCUGGCUUGCAGGCCACAGUGGAUGUUGGUAAGAAGUUGUUGAAUCCAUUCAAUGUGGCUGAUGAUAUCAUCUCACACAACAUCAUUAGCAUCCAUGAUUCCCAAGCUGUUAGGCAUGAUGUUGAUUCUCUUUACAAUGUUGUCUCUAACAUUGUUAGGAGCUCAACCAACAUUACUAACUCCCUCGACCUCAAGCAAGUCAAGUCCGUUGAUCUCGUGGAAGAUAAAGUUCCUCAAUCUGGCUUUAAGCCAUCUUACAAUAUGCUCAAAGAAAUUGCUUGCCAGAUGACAUGUCAUCCAUUCAACGCAACAGAUAUACACGGAUCAGUGGUGGGAGUUCUUGAGAAGCUGAAGAGUUACACGUGGGAUGCAAAGGCAGUGAUAGCACUCUCUGCUUUUGCUUUGGACUUUGGAGAGACAUGGCGGCUAUCUCUCAUGCAAGCCACCAACAAGAAGGAGAAUGCACUUGAGCUUCAUAUCUUUAAGCUUGGCGAAGAAGAAGAUGCCAAAAAAACAAAAGAGAAAGCCAAUGCAGAUCUCAUAAGCACCUUGGUUGAUCGCACUUUGCAGCUUAUUGAUGGAAUUAUCAAGUUGGAGAAGCUCAUUGCUAACAAAGCUUAUAGCUCUAAGGAUGUGCCAGCUCUCUUCAAAGCUCCUCGUGAUCUUUAUACAUAUUGGGCUAUUUUAGGUCUUAUGGCUUGUGCUAAUCAAAUGUCUCACUUGGAAUGGAAUAUCAAAUCUGAAAUUGUUGGGAGGAUCAAGCUUGUUCUCACACAACUGAAUGCUGAUUUGGAAGAAAUCAAGCUCCAAAUAGAUUUGUUGAAUGAUUUCACUUGGCGUCUUAAUGUGUUCCAAACUCCUUCGGGAAUUUUGGAACUUUUGAAGGCCCUAAUAUUCCCUAAGGAUUUCAAGCAACUUGAUAUUAUCUUUGAUGCUACUACCAAAAAAUUGGUUAAGCUGGAUGAACUAAAAACAAAGAACCUAUUAUUGUUUAUUUCUGGACUCGACAACAUUGAAGAUGAGAUUUGGGCUCUAAAGCCUAUUCAUGAUUCAAUUACCAAAGAGAAAGACAAGAAGGACUAUAAGAUUGUGUGGGUGCCUGUUGUGGAAAAUUGGACCAAUGAAGCCAAGGAAAAGUUUGAACAUUUGAAGUCUUUGAUGCCAUGGUAUGUGGUGCAAUACUUGUCACUCGUCAAAGGUUACAAACCAUUGCAAGAAGAGUGGAAUUACACAGGUAAACCUAUUGUGGUAGUGACCAAUCCUCGUGGCGAGGUUAUAAACAAGAAUGCACUGCACUUGAUCUUUGUUUGGGGCAUUUCUGCCUUCCCAUUCAGACGUGAGGAUGAGGAAAGAGUUUCUCAACAUUGGAACUGGCUUUGGAAUGAAGUAUUUAAGAUUAAUGCUGAUAUUCAAAAAUGGGUGAGCCAGGAGAACAAGUAUGUGUUCUUAUAUGGAGGUACGGACAUCACUCUGACUCAAAGAUAUGGCAAUCUUGUUGAGACAAUUAGAAACGACCCACUCAUCAAACAAACAGACACAUACAUUGAACACUUUAACCUUGCAAAGGUUGACAUCACAACUCAAACCAAGUUUUGGUUGAACAUAACCAACUCUUUCCUCAGCAAGAUUCAAAAGCUUGACUUCAACCUUGACUCCACCCUGAAGGACAUUCAAACCCUACUCUCCAUGAAAACAGAGAAGGGGUGGGCCCUUGUGAGCAAAGGCGAGAACGUUCUCGUACUUGGUUACAACGAAUUGAUUGCGGGUGUGUUGGAGGGUUUUGAGAGUUGGAAGAAAAAUGUGGUGGAGUUUCAAGGAUUCGACAUUGCUUUCAAGGACUACUAUGAUCGCGUUAGUGCCGGUGUUCCUCUUCACUGUCUCCACUUUGAACUGAACAACAUUCGAUCUGGUGUUCCAACCAACAUGUCUUGUCCUAACCAAUCAUGCGGAAGGAAAAUGGAGAUUGAAUCUGUGAACUACAAGUGUUGCCAUGGGAUGCAUUCUGAUCAAGCAACUCAAAAUGGUGAAAUUGUUGACGCCGCAGUGACCAAGACCAAAUUAUUUGGUACUCCUUAAUGGCCUUAUCCAUGUCGGUUAAAAUAAUAUUGGUUUUGGUUGUCACAAAAUCGAACCAAUUAGUCUAUGUUCUUGAAUUCAAUAAGGUUGAUGAUGCGUCCAACCAUGUGUUUGUGUAUGUUAUUAAGAUAUGCUAAUUAUGUUAUCAAGGCUACUUAUCUAUGUGUAAUUAUAAGUUGAAUGCUUGUAUGUUGCUCCUUUGAUGUAAUAAAAUAAACGCAGUGU